CCGGACAGCUCCGUCUCAUUCUGCUCCGUGAGUCAAGCGUGCUCGGCUGCGACAUGACCAGAGCCCCGCAGACCUGGCCACUCAAAUAUGGAGCAGUUUAAAGCGGUCAUUUUGGUGCUUUGGAUAUUAUUGCUCUACAGAAAUGAGGAGUCCCGUGCAGAGGAAGUUGUCUUGCUGAAUUCUAAGGAGUCCCAGGCAGAGCUGGGUUGGACCUCAUAUCCUUCUAAUGGGUGGGAGGAAAUCAGCGGUGUCGAUGAGAAAUACAAGCCCAUUCGUACAUAUCAAGUAUGCAACGUGAUGGAGCCCAGUCAGAACAAUUGGCUCCAGACGGGUUGGAUAUGGCGGCAGGGCGGCCAGCGCAUCUUCAUCGAACUGCAGUUCACCCUGCGCGACUGCAACAGCAUCCCAGGCGUGUCCGGUAGCUGUAAGGAGACCUUCAACCUCCUGCCCAUUCGCACA